CCGAUGAAGCCAAAGAAAAAUUAACUAAAAUAAAACCAGUUUCAUUGGGACAAGCCAGACGAAUAGGAGGAAUUAACCCGACUGAUAUCCAAAUGUUAAAGGCGGAUCCCCAAAAAAGACCUGGUGCUGAGGAGUUAGAAGGGAUUAUUGGGGGUUGGAUAUACUAUAGUGGAAGAGUUAAAGAGGACACUCCUUUCUAUCAGCAAUACCAAUCCCUAGCCGAAGAAUACAACCAAUUCUCCCAAAACACUCCUUACCAAAUCCAUCCGACUGCCAUUACCCAUAAAUUGGUAAAAGAGUUUAUUCAGGCUAGAAAAAAAAUGAAAAGAGAUAAUAGUGAUAAAAAUGCUAGAAGGGAAGCAGGAAAAUUAGAAGAACAAUUAGAAGAAAAAGGGCUUUCUGAUGAAAAUAUAGAAAAAAUCAUUAAGUAUUGUGAAAGAUUUAUCAAACAAAUAAAUAUUAUGGUAAUAAUUAAUCAAAACGAAUUUAACAACAAAUAUUCCAAAGAAGUAAAAGAAAUAAGAAUUAAAAAUAAAGAUUUUCAAGGACAUCUGAUCAUCGAAGACUAUCUGAAUUUAGAAAAAUUAUACUUACGAGAUAUUGACAAUAUAGAAAAAAUAACUCUCAAAAACCUGCCUCAAUUAAAAUUAUGUACUAUUCGGGAUUGUGGGACCAAGGAUUUGGUUAUUGAAAACUGUCUCCAAAUAAACAAUUUAAAUAUCGAAAACAAUCUUUUAACUAAUUUAGAAUUUAUAAAAGAUUUAGAAAAUUUAGAAGAGUUAGAAUUGGAUGGCAACGAUAAAUUGAAUACUAACACUUUAGAGUUACUAGAAAAUAUUCAGGCUUUAAAAAAAGAAAAUGAAUUUUUAAGUAUUAAAUAUGAUGAAUUAAAGAAAUUUUUAAAAGGAAUUCUAGUCUCACUUUCCUCGGAAGAAAAGAAAGGAUUAUCAGUUGAGUUAAAUAAAAAAAUCAACAGAAAAGACAAAAUAAGAAAAGAAUUAGAAAGUGAACUGGCUGAGUCAAAAGAAAAGAUUGAAGAGUUAGAAAAAGAAUUGAAAGAAAAAGUUGCUCUCCAACAAGAAACGAAAAAGGAAUUGAAAGUUCAAAAGACCACAACUGAAGCAUUACUAAAGCAAUUAGUGGCAAAAACUAUUGAAAAGGAAAAAGCAUCUAAUGAAAACGAAGCCAAUGAUCUACAAAAAGAAAUUAACGAUUUAAGGCAAAAGUUAAAGGUUUCUGAGAAAGAAGUAGCAAAGUUAGAAGGAAAAUUAGAGGCUAAACAAGAAGAAAUUGAACGGAUUAGCAAAACCAUAGAAAAAGCCAUAGAUACUCCAAAUCAAAGUAUUAAUACUUAUAAUAUCCAAUAUAAUACCCAAUAUCAACAGUUAGAAACUGAAACUGAAAAACAAAUCACUGAAUCCUUAACUGAUAAAGAAGUCACCCCUGAAGAACAAAAAGUAAUCAAUAAAACCAUCCUUUUUUUAGGAACUAAAGAAUUAUUUAUUAAUCAUCGACAAGCAACUGUUAAUAGUCUAAUUGAUUGCUACAACAAACUAGAAAAAAGGCUAGGAAAUAAACUCAAUAAAUUUACUACGGCAGUUAGCAUGACCAACAUUGCGAGUAAAUUAGCCAAUAUUAUUCCGGGAGGAGGGGUGGUUGAGGCUCCAAUAGGAAUUUUGGGAGAUACCAUUAAUUUAACUGGAAAUAUCAUUAAAGAAAAAGAUUUA